GUAGCGAGCUAAGCAGGCAGCAUGCAGUUCGCCGCGAGAAUCAUCGUGUCCAUCUUCGUGUUGACGUCUGCACUCGCCACAGCAUAUCACAACAGUGCGAAACUUCGCCGUGAUGGGGUACUGAACCUCUACCCGUUCCCGCGAGUCGGCCGCGCCAACCACCGCACCUGGGAGGUGCCAGUCAACGACUUCUACUUAGAAGAUUACGAGCCGGUACAGAAGCGUCAGAUGUACGCGUUCCCACGCGUGGGUCGUAGCGAUCCCCACGAUUUCCAGUCAGUCAGACACCCUGACACAGCCAUGUGGUACGGACCUAAACUGCAGCGAAUCGUCUCAGAAUACGAGCCAAUAGAGAAGCGGCAGUUGUAUGCGUUCCCACGCGUGGGCCGCGACGCGCGGGACUCCCUGCGGCCUGAUCAGAUGCAGUCUCCCAUCCGGCGAACCGAUAGUCCUGGCAUGUGGUUCGGACCGCGCCUUGGACGAUCUGUCAAGACCGACGAUGAUGACAUCAUGAUUCAAAACGAAGCCAAUGAGAGGAGCCAACCAGAGCAGAUGGAAGUAGACCACAUGGACCGAAAGAAACGGCAGACCAGACCGCUAUAA